AUGUUUGUCCAGGUUCACCAGCUUUGGGUGAGUGCGAUUCGAUACGGAGAGCGGCAUGGUCAUGAUAAACGUGGUGUGGGCAGGAAAGAGCUGUUGAACAAUGCCCAGUGGCUGGACAAGCUGAAUGUACUUGAGUUCCUCAAAAUCAUGGGAAAUGGCAUGAGACUGGGCACCAUGCUCGGGCGGGAUACGUGAGUGAGUCCUUACCACAACGAGCGGCGCGAACAGUGUUUGACAAGUCGCUUUAGGGUUCGCAACAAAAUGGAGAAGGGUGACGGCAUGUCGUUUGCCGAAUUCACCUACCCUCUCCUCCAGGCUUGGGACUGGUGGCAGAUGUACCAGGAGCGCGGAGUUCAGAUUCAGAUUGGCGGAAGUGACCAGUACGGCAACAUUGUCGCUGGAAUCGACGCUGUCAAGUACAUCGCGCAAAACCAGGAGUCACAUGGUCACGAGCAGUGGCUUGACCGCGAUGGACGGUUGAAAGAAGAUGUAUCGCCCAUGGGAUUGACGGUCCCCUUACUGACCACUUCGAGCGGCGAGAAGUUCGGCAAGAGUGCUGGAAAUGCGAUCUGGCUAGAUCGACACCUCACCUCGCCGUUCGAUCUCUAUGGCGUAAGUGUGGCAGUACGCUUUUCAUCUAACCCUUUCUGACUUCAACCAGUUUCUUUUGAUGUCAUCCGACGACGAUGUGGAAAAAUAUCUGAAACUCUUUACGUUCGUGCCGACGGCAGAAAUCGAGUCAAUCAUGGUAGAACACCGAGCAGACCCUGGCAAACGCAAGGCCCAACACCUUCUUGCCGUCGAAGUGCUGGAGCUAGUACAUGGGCCUGAGGAAGCUUCCAAAACGCGCAGCGAGCACCAGGUAAUGCGGAAUCCAACCAUUGCCUCACUCUCAGAGAAGUCGCAGACCACACCGACGUCGGGCCAAUCUUUGGACUCGCAGCGAAUUAGGCUGCCCUUAUCGCUCGUGCAUAAAGCACCGUUUGGUCGCAUCUUGUAUCACGCUGGUCUGGCGGCGACCAAGUCCGAAGGUGCACGCACAAUCAGCAAAGGCGGCGCAUACGUAGCAUCAGUCUCACGAGUCGCUGCACCAGGAAAGGAAGGCGAGCUCAAUUUUGUUACAAUUAAAGAUCAGUCGGCUUCGGACAUGAUCACAGAUGGAUUGCUCAUCCUACGCAUUGGAAAGUGGAAAGUCUACGUGAUCGAGGUUCUGCCAGACGACCAGUUCGAUGCACAAGGUCGGGACGCGCCUGGAUGGAUGGAAUACAAAUCUGCUUUGAACCGCUAG